CUUCCUAAAGAUGGCUGCCCGGCUGCUCCCCGGGUGUGUGUCGGGAGGGCAGAGGUGAGAGGUGAAGGGUGAUAACGGCAGUGGCCCUGCUCCAGGAAGAUGGCAGAGAGCGAGCGGCAGACAGGCUCCUCUGAGGAGGCAGUCUCUCCCCUCCAGCAGAGCUUCACGAUCCCUAAAAAGGAGAUAAACAUGGUUUCUGAUAUGGCCAAGUGGAAGCGCUCUCAGGCAUAUGCAGACUACAUUGGCUUCAUCCUCACCCUGAAUGAAGGCAUCAAGGGGAAGAAGCUGACCUGCGAGUACAAAGUCUCUGAGCCUGUUAAGAAGCUGGUGGAUCUCCUGAACACUCUUGACAGAUGGAUUGAUGAGACCCCACCCGUGGAUCAGCCCUCUCGCUUUGGGAACAAGGCCUUCAGGACCUGGUAUGCGAAGCUGGACCAGGAAGCAGAAAAUUUGGUUGCAGAAGUGAUCCCCAAGCACCUGGUUGAGGCUGCACCAGAGGUUGCUGUGUACUUGAAGGAAUCUGUGGGGAACUCCACCCGCAUUGACUAUGGGACAGGUCAUGAAGCUGCGUUUGCUGCUUUCCUCUGCUGUCUCUGCAAAAUUGGGGUUCUCAGGGUGGAUGACCAGCUGGCCAUUGUAUUUAAAGUGUUCAACAGAUAUCUGGAGGUGAUGCGGAAACUUCAGAAGACCUACAGGAUGGAACCAGCUGGUAGCCAGGGAGUGUGGGGCCUGGAUGACUUCCAGUUCCUCCCCUUCAUCUGGGGGAGUUCCCAACUGAUAGACCAUCCCAACUUGGAACCUCGGCACUUUGUUGAUGAGAGAGUGGUGAAUGAAAACCAUAAGGACUACAUGUUCCUGGAGUGCAUCCUGUUCAUUACAGAGAUGAAGACCGGCCCUUUUGCUGAGCACUCCAACCAGCUGUGGAACAUCAGUGCUGUACCUUCCUGGUCCAAAGUCAACCAGGGGCUCAUCCGCAUGUACAAGGCCGAGUGCCUGGAAAAGUUCCCUGUGAUCCAGCAUUUUAAGUUUGGCAGCCUGCUUCCUAUCCAGCCUGUCACAUCUUAAGGAAGCCACAGGAGAGCCAAUGUAGCGGAGACCCAGCGUGGUGCUCUUCCUCUUCCCUCCGCCCUCCUCCUCCUCACUGCUCCAGUAAAACAGCCCAUUCAUUCCUGCAAAUCCUUGUUUGCGAAUGGACAGAGUUCCAAAGCACUUAUUGGCCUUGCAUGGAAGAAACGACCAAGAGCAGCUGUUCCUGCAAGUACUCGCCAUGGUGACUCUGGGAAGCGACAAAGCCAGUGCUGUGCUUCUAGCCCGCAGGGUGUCCGACCUUACACUUUCCUUUGAUCAUAGGGCUGCUGUGUAUUGCCCUGGGCAGGCAGGUGGGGCUCGGGUAGGAGAUACCGCUUCUGCUUUUUUACAAGAAGAGCGCAGCUUUUACUUUCUGGAGGAAGAGGAUGGGGAGGGGGAGGAAGGCCCGUGUGUGUGUCUGUUUGUGUGCGCGUGUGUGUGGUGGGGCGGUGCUAACUGCAGUUUCCCCUUUGAAGUUCACUGAAGUUUCCUGUUGAUGUUUUGUUUGGGGAAACCAGUGCCAUUGUGGGGUGUGAGCAUGCACACAUGUUCGGGUCCCCUCAUCUCUGUGCGGCUGCUUUGUCUGGAAGAGGCUUUCUUAAAGAGGCAGAGGAAGUAUUAGGUAAUGCCUGUGGGUCACUAGAAAACAGAGUGCCAUCUCUCCCCUCUCUUGGGUAAAGCUGGCUUCCUCUCCUCCCUACUCCCUCAGCAAAUUUCCUUGUCUUCACCAUCUAGUAUUCCUCUCCCACUUACAGCUGGGUGUCCCACCCCUAUCAGCUCAGGGCUUGGGAAUAUUUGAGCUAGCUUUGGAAGCAGAGAGGUGCCCUGGGGGAAAUUUUUAACCACUUGGGGGGCUGGGAUCCAUGGGAGUGGCUGUGCAAGACAUUGUUUUAGAGAUUCCUGAGCAGGCUUCUUCCUCCCCUUCUGUAGCACAUAGGCACAGCAUGUGCCCGCUCUUUCAUCGUGCUUUGGGAUCAGCAUGGGCUGGGCACAGCCCACUUCACUGCACUCACCCUGUCCUCUGAUGUUUAGCAGCCACUACUGCAGGGGUGGCCUGAAUGUCCUUGUGGUUGCUAUUGCUUGAUUAUAAAUUGUAGCAGCAGGUCCAUAAUAAAGGGAUCUUCCCAUUAAAUUGCACAUCCCCACAUGUGAUAGUGGAGGCGUUGCGCAGUGUAGGGCAUGUUGGCUUUAAAUAUAUUUAUUUAACUGCUGGAAACAAAAUCUGUGUAAAUAUCCCUGGGCAAUCUAUCACAUCCUUCAAACUAAGCCUUCCCUUCAGUCAUUCCCUGGAAGAACUGCCUCUCCACUGGGAUAUAUGCUAAGAAUAUUUACUCAAACCUUAUUUAAAGCAUUGGGCGCACUGGGUGUUUCCCACGAAGGGCGGGUUGUCAGCAGUCCUGCAUAGCUCGCUUGAUUCCCUACAGUGGUUCCAUGCUCCCAGAUCCCCCAGUGGCUUAAGCUCAUGUUAUGUCUAAGUUAACUGGAUUCAAUACACAUCUUCUGGUAACGAGCAGAACCAGAAAGGGAAAAGCAGUAAAGAAACAGGGGUGGGUUUGGGGGGAAGAUCUCAGUUGUUUCCUUGUGUCUGUCAAAGAUUCUUUAUGAGCCUCUAGUCUGAGAGGGGCAUCUUACUCCUGGGUUAUUGUUAAACAGGGGUUUGGAGUGUAAGAGGGUGCUAGGAUGUGGUGGCUGCUGGGAAGAGCAAGGGAAGGUUUUCAACAUUAAAGAUAAUGCAAAGCUGAGUCUCUCCCAUUGCUGCCACCCAUGCCUAGCCUGCUUAAUUUUUCUCCUCUCAGCCCCUUUUUUGCUAUUUAGUUUGGAAAGAAGUUGAAUCUGUUCCUGGAACUGGGUUUUUCAGUUUUUCUCUGACUCGGUCCCCUCAGGUUGGCCUCUUCCUUCCCCAGGGCUUGUGCCCUGCUGCUGGGGGAGGAAGUCUGAGAAGGAGAUGUACAUGAAGAUGCAGGUGGUUCUGGAGCUAAAGUGGCAAAACCCUCCAGAGCUGCUGCCACUGUCCCCUUGGCUCCACGUUUCUGGGCCUGAGCUGGUGCGCAGUGCUGGACAGCUGCAGCUGAGAAGAAUCUGUCGGUGUCUUUUCUAAAUAGUGGCUUAUAAGCUUGCAUUUUAAACAAAAUGUGGGAAGCCCCCAGCUGAGUUCUGCUCUGUGCCUGACUCUUUACCUGGAUCCAGGUGUAGACUCUACUUUCCAAAUCACCAUGGAAGUGAAUUAGGGGAAGAUUUUAUUUUUAUCUUUUUAAAACCUGAGUUUAAGGACUUGCAAGUUCUGUGUUUCAGGUGCAGUUUAGAGGGUCCUCCAACUGCCUUGUUGUGUGAGCUUGGACAAUUCUACCAUUCUGUAAAAUGGGUCUAUUAAUGCCAGCCUGAAAGACCGGGUGAGACGCAUUGCCUGAGAUGUUCAGAGCUGGCAUGGGGAUUUAAUGGGAAUUGGGCUCCUGACUCAGUUGGAGACAAUCUUGUCCUACAUAUCUAUAACACACUGUUUUGAACUGAAUAGUUCAGUAACAAUGUACAGAAGAAUGCCAAAAGGAUAUGGGGAGGUGUGUUCCCUGCCCUGCGCUGGGGGUUGGUAGCACUCCUAUAUCAGUGACAGCACAUUCCUCUGGCUUUGGGAAAGAGGCAGAGAUGCUGACCUGGAGCCAUUAGGCAGGACUCAAGGGGGCACUCAUUCCAUUAAGGAUUUUGGCUUUGAAACAGGUAUGUUUAUGUGAAUCCUGUCACUCCACCUCCUACCUGCCCUCCAUAACUUGGCAAGGGGCUGCUCCUGUUCCUUGAUCCCUUUCCCCAUUCCCAGGAGAUCUCCACUGCCAGCCUGUUUGGGUUCUGUCCCUUUUGCACCAUGGCUCCAAUGUGCAUGCACCUCACCAUCUGAAUCGCUACCCCAGGGCUGUUUCAGUGUCGGAUGCAGCACCUCCCCACAUUCUCUGACAUCGUGGUUUUAAUUAAAAUGGAUGUGUUUUGCACCUGG